AUGCCUCUUAUCAAUGGAUUGAAGAUGGCUUGCGAGCCAUGUAUACGCGGACAUCGAUCGACGAAAUGUAAUCAUGCGAAUGAACGGCUUAUGGUCCAGGUCAGGAAGCCAGGACGACCUCUCAGUCAAUGCCCGCAUCCAGGAGGGCAGGCAUGUAUGUGUGGAAGUGUAACGGCGGCGAUACCUAGAAAGCAGACAUGUCAUUGUGGAAAUGAAUCGCAACCUGCGACAGCAGCACCACUUGUGAAUACCAAUAUACCCAGCGGGGAUACCGAUUCUAUGUUGUCAGAUCUGCCGUCACCAACAAAGGCCCCCUUCAAGGUCCAGAAGAGCGUUCGUCCCCAAUCGCAAGGACGGAAGCAGUCCUUCGAUCCGUCGAAUUUUGCAAGAAUGGAUAUGAAUAGUGUCAAUAUUCUUCCGUUCAAGUCACAAACAGAUAUUCAACCGAUUCAGACGAACAUAGUAAUACCGCAAGGUUACACUAUGGUCAGUCAACCUCCAAUAUACGCAUAUAGCACACAAUAUGCUGGCGCACCAUCGCAGUUUCCCCCAAUUGCUAUGCAAUUACCCCAAAUGCCCUACGAUGGGUCAUCGCCAAUUGUCGGGAUGAAUGGUUUUAGCAAUGGCCACGUUUUUCAAAAGGAUCCGUAUGCUGUCGAAAGUCCGCUAAGCACGCCCACGAUAUAUGCAAAUGGCGGUAACAACAGUCAUCUAAUAGGGAAAAUAAAUGGUAUGAAUGGGGUAUCCAAUGGGGGUUCAUGUUGUGCACCAUCCCAGUCAAAUGGAACAAACGGAACGAAUGGGAACCAUACCAUUGAAGCGUCAGUGCCAGCGAAGAAAUCAAGCUGUUGCGCACCGAAGGCACAAAGUGCCCCAAGUGUAACCACGAGCCCUAUCAUUCUACCAGAGACGAACAGUAAGAAGACUGGUGGAUGCUGCUCGUCGAAAGCAGCUCAGCCUCUGAAACAGGAAUCGAACGGAACACCAAUGAUGUCGAGCGCCCCAAAUCCUCAACAUACGAUAGCACAUGCCAAUAUGCCGUUCGUUCAAGCUUAUUAUCCCCAGUACAUUGCACACGACUCAACGAUGUUCACUUAUCCGUCAACCUAUGGUUCAUUUCAAAAUCCUCUUCAGCCGGCUGCUUGGAAAGAAAGUAUGCGAACCAAUAAUUACAAUUCGCAACCGGCACAACCCAUGGCCGAAGCAACAGCAUACCAGAGCUCAGUCCCUCAGUCUUCGAUGAAUACGAUACACGAGUGUUCCUGCGGCGAUAGCUGUCAAUGUGUUGGUUGCGCGGCCCAUCCCUACAAUGAACCAACUCAGGACUACGUUCGCUCAGCUUGGCAAAUGUCCAUGAACCAGUCAUCUGGAGAUGUAUACACUAAUGGCCAUCAACCAACAACGCCUCUCACGAAUGGAAAUGGCCAUGGUAUGAAUCAAUCACAAAACGGCGACUUGGUCGCUUCUCCUACCGCAAACUCGGAUACCACAUCUGGCACUGGCGACGAACAGAACUUGCCAGCCGAAAACUACCUAUUCGUCAAUUACCCAUUUACGGAUAAUUGCGCUGGAGACAUGACAACCUGUCCUUGUGGAGAUGAUUGCGAAUGUAUAGGCUGUGAGAUCCAUCGUCGGCCGUUAGGAAAUUGUUGUGGGACCGAGGAGACUUGCCAAUGUGGUGAUGAUUGCGAAUGUUUGGGUUGCACGAUACAUAACCCUCGCAUUCCAAGUUGA